AUGGACAUGGACAAUGUGUUGGAUGGUUCUGUACCUGUAGAGAUAAGCCAUGCAGGAGGUGAAUUCAAGGCCUUGACAAAUGAGAUUGCUGCAAAUCUAUGGAUCAAUCAAAGUGAAGGUGGUGGAUGUCUACAAUUUUUGAUAGAUGCUCACAACACACUUUUUACCGUCAUCCCCACUGACAUAUUAAUCAUCCGCACUGGUAUUAAUGGAACACUUAAUAUUUGUGGCGAGGUCUCUAUUAUAGUCCUCCAAAUUGAUGCGGAUUGCUAUCUAUCUUGCAAAUACAUUGACAAAUGGGCAGCAGGGAACAUUGAGGAGUUAUUCAAGGGGUCAGGUAGUGUUGCUGAGUCAGAAGAUAAUCCCUGCGCAGGAAGAUGGAAUAACAUGAAGGAGGAUUUCACCAAAAUGAUGUGGGGAAUAUUUGAAGGGUCAAGAAUUGUCCUAGCACUUUGUCGCCAUGGUUUUUUGUUGGUGAUUGUGGAUAUGGUGCAGAGCAGUGAACUCACCAAAUAUCCUCUGGCAGUUAUUGAGAAAAUGCUGGACGUCUUCAGUAGCAAUCUUGGGGGUGGAUUUGACAUUGGGUGUAAGUUUAAGACAAUGCUUAACAAGAGCCCUUUGGGUGCGGGCGCUCGUGCUCUCAACUAUGCUCUCAACCACACCUGCCUGGUAGGGGCAUUCCAUGGGCAUGCACAUCACUGCUUGUGCCAACUAUCCCAUAUUGCAACGUACACCAAUGAUCUGGGACUCGAAGACCUUAAGGGGUAUGAGCACACAUUCUCAAAGUCUAAUGAGCUCUCCGGUUCCCUAUGUUAUUCAAGCACACUCCACCGCAAACAGGCCAUUUCAACAUAUUUUGAACACAAAGACACCUAA